GUCGUCAUAGCUCGUCGACAAAGUGAAGCACAGACCGUAGCACCUUCUUUACAACUGCCUUCCCGCAACCGCAAACAAACGGCUUUCCCUCCUCCCUCUUUGCCCUUUUCUCCCAAACAUUCCACACUGUUUGACUCUUCUCAUCAGCGCGCGCAGCUUAAUACCCCAGAGAUACCCCCAGUUGCGCAUCGUAUUUCGCAUCGCUUCCCGACAGGAUAACGCCUUGCUGCGGAUAGUGUCCGUGUUGCAGACCAGCACGCGCCGCGACCGACAGAACUACUGCUGCGAACCAGUCAGCCAGCCAGACGCACGACGAAGCUGUCCGUCUUCGUGACCUCGACCCCGAGCAGCACUCCGUAAUAUCACUCGCCCCCCAGAACACACGAACAGACGCCACAAUGGCUUCCUCAAAAGCGGUCAACGUGCCGACCGACAACAAGAUCAAGGAGAAGGACAUCAACGCCAAGCUCCAGCUCUAUGGCAUCUACUCAGCAUUUGCCAAGGGCAAGGUCCCUUCCAACAAGCAGAUCGACGUGGCAAUGAACACCGCGCUCGCUUGGAAGGGCAUGUCACAACCCAACACAAAGCUCUCGGCCGAUGGCCAGAAGCUCGUUUCCGACCUGCGCAACGUCAUUGAAAAGGCCAAGGUCCUGAUGUUGACCAAGAACGAGGGCAACCUCCUGCAAGACUUCAUCUGGCAAACACAGGCCAUCGGUGCCGGUGAUGCCAAGGCUCCUGGCGCUCCCAUUGACAAGGCCACUGCAGAGCAGCACGGCCAGCAAGCUUUGGAGGGUCUGCGCACACUCGGACAGCUCAUCAUCACCAACGGCCAGUUCCGUAAACUCUUGAGCGACUCUGUUGUCUUGCUUCGUGACAUUGCCGGCGACGCCGCACAAAACGCCGCGGCUGUAGUCAACCCAGACGAGGAGCGUCUUGCGCAGAUCGACAAGCCCGCCGAGGACAACACUUGGCAUGAGGCUCCAGAUCUCUCCAAGGAGAACAUCCGCAACCAAAUCAAGUCCAACGUUCCAAUUGGCAAGCAGGAAGCGAAGGAACAUGCUAAGGAGGUCGCUGGUGAUGCCACCCAGGCUGCUCACCCGAGCGGUUCCCGUGAUCCAGCCGACGCUGCAGAGCUUGCUCGCCGCGAGCAGCAGACUGGCGGAUCAACUGGCCUUGACGUGCAGCAAGGUGCGCAAGCCGCAAAGGAUCGCGCCAAGCAGAAGACAUGGGACCAGAUGGACGAGAACGACAAGCAGAAGGUUCGCGAAUACCGACAGCAGACUAAGGAAUACUUCCAGAAGAAGGUUCCAAAGGAGCGUCGCGAGCAGACCAUCUACCGCCUGAAGAAGAUGAUCGUCGAGAUCCAAGGACACCAAGACUACCAACAGGCCAUUGACACUCUUCUCCGUCUGGCCGAGGAAUACACUGGCCACACCAAGGAUGUGGCGGCUCAAUCCACUGGAGCCGUGAAAGGUGCCCACAGCCAGGACUCCCUUACCAUCGCGGAAGCUGACCUCAGGACUCUCCUUGAGCGUUUCGCGAACAGCACUUCGUUCGAUGACCUCUUCGAAUCGGUCAACCAGAUCUACAAGGAUGCCGACCGCGACCCAGAACUCAAGAACUUCUUCCGAGGCCUCAACCGCUUCAUCCGCCGAUGCCUCCAAGAGCAGGGCUACGUCCUGCAGGACGAGUCCAACGAGGAAUGGAACAAGCUCUACGACCAGGGCAACUUCCUCCUCCGCAACCGUUACCGCAACCACACCGAUCGUAUCGUCGACGAGGUUAAGUUCCUUGCCAGCCAGUUCGAGGAGGACACUUUGAACAAGGAGUUCGGCGAUGCAAUGGACAAGCUGUUCAAGGAUCUCGGCAACGAUUCUGACGGAAAGCCGGAGUUCAAGCCACACUUGGUCAAGGAUCUUACGGAAGUGCUGAUUCCUGCCUUCUUCGAGAACGUCCGCUACGUCCCAAUUCCACGCAUCGAGGUCUCUGACCCACAGAUCGAUGCCAUUGUUGAGAACCUCGUCCUCGAGGGCGACAACCUCGCACCAAACAUGUUUGAAUUCGGCUCUGACAACUACUGGCGUUGGGGACGCAAGGGCUUCCAAUCUAAGAACAAGAACAAGGUCAUGCUUGCAGCCUCUGGUAUCCAGAUGGAUCUGCGCGACGUUGCGUACUACGUCAAGAAGAAGCAAGGCUUCCCAAGCAUCACCGACAAGGGUGUGUUGGACAUUUUCCUUGGUGGCACCGGUCUCAGCUUCAAGGUCGCCAUGGAGACUGCCGACAAGAAGGAUCGUUCUCACUUCUUCAAGAUCAACACCAUCAAUGUUGAUGUGAAGAAUGUGAACAUCAAGGUCAAGCAGUCGAACCACAAGCUGCUGUUCAGCCUCUUCAAGCCAGUCCUCCUCAAGGUCUUGCGUCCUGUCAUCCAGAAGGUCGUUGAGAAGCAAGUCCGCGACAGUGUGCAGCAGCUCGAUGGCCUCCUCUGGGAGGUCAAGCAAGAAGUCGACCGCGCCGUCGAGGAGGCCAAGAACAACCCAGACCCAGAGAACCUCCAGAACAUCUACCAGAGGUACUUCAACGCCUUCCAGAAGCAGAUGCAGAAGGGUCAACAGAAGAAGGAGGCUGCCAAGGAGAAGGCCAAGGAGACCAGCGUCAACGUGGCCGUCACCCAGAACGACUCCAUCUUCAAGAACAUCUCGCUGCCAGGCGGUAUCUCCACCAAGGCCACGGAAUACCAGGAGCUUGCCGCCAAGGGUGACAAGUGGGAGAGCCCGAUCUUCAGCAUCGGAUCUGCCAGCGAGACCAAGAGUCUGCCAGCCGCUCCCAAGGUCGUUCGCAAGCCUCACCAGGUCACCCAGGGGGGUCUGAGAGACACUCCUGCAGGCGGAGCCGCUGGUGGUGCUGCUCCAGGCACUGUCCGCUCUGCCGCAGACCUGUCCGUGGCUCAGAACACCCCACACGGUACUGCCAACGGUCAGCCGGGUCUGUCCUUCAGCAACCAGGUCGAUGGUGCCUUCCAGCCAACUCGCCAGAUCUAAACGACGUCUACGAUGCUCAUGCCCACGGUGCUCAAAUCUGGUCGCGUCUGUCGACCUGAUUGCCGAUUGAUCACGAUACCCCAAUUUCGAGAAUUGUCACGACUGCCGUUUGGCGUUGGCGAUAGCGGGAUGAUACCCAAUUCGUUUUACAUGUUCUGGAGUGUUACGGAACAAAUGAUACCACUGCUGCGUUUGAAGAAAUGAGAAAAGUCUACACACAGAUCCCCCAGUUAGUAAUAGCACUCGAUUGUCCUGGCAAGAUGCUUGGCUGUCGCUCUUUUUUAGUUUUGCAAUGUCAUCAUACAGAAAGUUGUCGUCUCAGC